AUGCCGGCAAUGCAAGCUGAACCACACACCUGCUUUCCUUUCUUUCGCGCAGUAGUUAUCCGCGGUGAGGGUGUUCGCAGAGAAGACGUCAGCAGCAGUACUAGGCCGUCCGGAGAAUGGGCAUGCGUACGAGAGAAAUUACCGUCUCGUGGUUGUAGCUCCGAUACAGUGGACCAGCAGUGUGGGUGCUUCGCCACCGGGUGGAGCGGUCGCGAGCGCGAGGGCAGGGGCAGCGCGAGGCGAGCGAGGAUGGGGUGCUGCCUCUCCAAGCCGGACGUGCUCGGCGCGCCUCACCGCGCACCCUCGCCAGCCAAGGCGCACAAAGGCGGCGCAACUGAUGGCAAGGCACAAGCGGACAAGGAGGAGACGGGGAAGAUGACGAAAGACGCCGAUGGUCUCGCGGUCGCGGCAGCCGGUGCGGUGGCGGGAGGGGAGGAGGCGACGGCGGACGCGGAGGAGUACGUGGACGCGGAUGCCGACGCGGACGACGACUUCAAGAGCGCGGGCGCAGAGUCGCUGUCGUCCGUGAGCUGCCUGAGCUACCAGGCGGAGUCCAUGCAGCCCUCCACCUCCGCGCGCAAGAACCGUGACUUUCCGUCCCCUUGUGCGCAAACGGGCGGCAGGGAGAAGGGCGGACAAGGCGGGUCCGGAGGGGAGGAAGGAAAGGGCACAGUGGCUGCGGAUGCGGAGGAACAGGCGGCGGGAGGAGGGGAGAAGGCGGGGAACGAGGCCCCUGGGGACGUGGGCGAGGGGGAGAAGGCGAGUGGGGGGGGACAGGCGGAGGAAGCAGAGGCAGCGGAGGCGGGCGGCGAGGAUAAAGCGGCGGGCGCGGCAGCAACUAUGGGGUGUUUGAGCGCGGUGGUGCCGGCGGACGGCGUGGCGCUCAACUGCCUGAGCGGGGGGGACAGGCGCGACGGGGAGCGCUCCAUGUGGGCCGGCAUGGCGCUGUGGGGGAGGAAAGAGGGCGCGGGGGGGAAGGGGGAGGACGGCGCGGGGAAGGAGAGUGGGGCAGGGAAGGAGGGGGAGGAGACGGGCGCGAGGGAGGCGACGUGCUUUCCCAAGCUGAAGCGGAGAGGUGGGAAGGCGGCGGGCAGCAGCUGCCAGGAGGCGGAUGAGGAGAGGGUGGCGGGCGCAGGGGGGGAAGCGAGUGGCCCGGGGGCAGGGGAGGCGGCGGGCGAGGAGCAGGCGGGGCAGUCGGCGCGGCGGCGGGUGUUCGGCGAGGAGAUCCCCGUGCACCCCAACGUGGCGCUCAACGCCUUCAUGAAAGCCCAGAGGAGCGAGGCAACAGCGGAGCGUGCGACAGGCAGGCCGGAGGGGGAAGGGGACGCUACGGCGGCGGGCGCGGGGCGGGGGCUGGAGGCAGGGGGCGGGCAGGAGGUGGGGGGAGGACAGGAGGUGGGGGGAGGACAGGAGGUGGGGGGAGGACAGGAGGUGGGGGGAGGGCAGGAGGUGGGGGUGGCGGAGAAGGAGCGGCAGCUGGAGGCGCUGGAGAGGGAGCUGGCGCGGAAGCAGCAGGCGCUGGCGGAGCAGCAGAGGGAGCUGGAGAGGCGGCAGCAGCUGCUGGCGCUGCAGCAGCAGCAGGCAGCAGCGGCGGGUGGCGAGGCAGCAGGGGGCGAGGCGGUGGAGGGGGAGGUGGAGGAGGAUGAGGAGUUUUUGAGCGUUGGCAGCCAUGACGGCGGGGACGACCAAGGUGCUGCACGCACGCACGCAUGUGGGGCCGGGGUGCAUGCCACUCCAUCGCCCCUGCCUCCUGCAAUGGCCUCUCUCCCUUGCUCCUUGCUGCCCUCACACUUGUGCACUUGGUUUCUCCUACACACACACACAUGGUCACACGCGCGCACACACGCACGCACGCACACACGCACAGAAUCGACUGCACCAUCGCCCAUCGCCUCUCCACCACACCCCCCUGCCCCCUCCUCUCCACCCCCUCCUCCCCCUCUGUCUCCCACCACCCCACUCAACGCCAAGCCACCCCACUACGCGCCAUCCCCACAGCCGCAGCAGGUGGAGGGGGAAGAAGAAGGCGGGCGAGGCGAGGGCUCAUCCACGCCCCCUGCUGCGCCCGACACGCCUCCCCCCGCCACGCCCCACCCCGCAGUGGCCCAGCUCACACCCACCCUCGAGCCCAUGGCACUCGUCGCCCCAUCCGCGCCCUCUGCCUGCGACCUGCCUGCCUGCCUGCCCCCCGCUGCCGCGCAUGCUGGCAGCGCUGCUGCAGCGAGUGAGGGGGCGGGGGGUGCUGAGGAGGGUGGGGCGGAUGGCGCUGCUGCCGUGGCAGGGGACACACACACACCGCCUCACACCAGUACUGUCCCGCCUGCUGCUGCUGCUGCUGCUGCUGCUGCUGCCGCCACCGUUUCAGCGUCACUGCAAGCUGUUGCACCUGAACCUAGUUAUUUUCGUACCAACCGUGCUGCUCUUACCGAACCUGCUGUUUUCUCCGAACCUGCUGUUUUCUCCGAACCUGCUGUUUCCACCGAACCUGCUGUUUCCACUGAACCUGCUGUUUCCACCAAACCUGCUGUUCCCGCCGAACCUGCUGCUCCUACCGAACUUUCUGCUCCUACCGACCCUGAUGUUCCCACUGACCCUGCUGCUCCCACCGAACCUGCUGUUCCCACCGAACCUGCUGUUCCCACCGAACCUGCUGCUCCCACCGAGCCUGCUGAGCCAGAAGCACCUGCCCUCCCUGCCUCUGCCAGCACUCCCACUGCCACUGCUGCUGGCUCUCUCGCCCCUCAAGCGACUGCUGCCACACAGGCUGCCCCUGCCAGUGACGCUGCAGCAGGGCCUGCUCUAAGCACCACCUCCUCCUCGCUUCCUUCCCUCACACCCAAAAUCCGCCCCGUCUCCCUCUCCCUCGCCACCUCCUCCUCCGCUGCUGCCCCCGCCCCGCCCUCGCCCUCUCCCUCGCCCAGGCCCCCCUCCCGCUCCUCCUCCCACCGCCUUGUCUCCCCUGUCGUCCGCUCCUUCCUGCGCCGCCCCUCCUCCCCCCGCCGCCAGGCCCCCACCCGCCGGCCCUCUGACUCGUCCGCGCCCUCUACCACCGCUGCCGCCGCUGCCGCUGCCACCACUGCAUUCCAUGCGGAUGGCGCAAGUGGAAAAGGGCAGGGCGGCAGCAAGGGAGCCGCGCCCCACGUGGUGCCCAUGUCCCCUCUGCGCCCGCCGCCCCUGCGCACGGGUAGCGGCGCGCUGCUGCGCUCCAACUCGCUGCAGCUCGCCGCCAUGUCGCCACUGGGCGUCAACAGCCCCGGCCUCUUCCUCAGCGCCAGCGUGCGCAGCACAUCGCGCAAGCCCCUGGCGGGGCAGCUGCCGCGUGUGUCACCGUCGGAGUAUGAGGCGCACGUGGAGGCGGCUGCCCGCGUGGAGCACGGCGGCAGCGAGGCGGGCGCUUGGCAGGGCGACGACGGGCUGUCGUUUGGGGUGGGGGCGCAUGGAGACACCCACGCCUGCACGCACUUCUGGACGCCCGUGCCGCCCUCCUGCUUCCCCGUGCGCGGCCCAGACUACUUCUCCACGUUGAGUGAGAGCCCUGCGCACCCCCUGGCGCCGUACGUGGUGGCGGCGGUGGAUGUGUUCCGCGCGCCCGCCAAGCUCACGCACGUCGCGCGCCUUGUGCAGCUGCCCGCCGCCCUCUCCGCCUUCCCCCACACCGCCACCUCCUCCGCUGCUCCCUCCCCUGCUGCCUUCGCCCUGCCGCCCCGCGCUGCUGACGCCACUGACCCCGCACGCGCCACCGCCGGGGCUGCUGAGAGCAGUGCGGCGGGCAGCACGGGCGUGGGCAGCGUGCUGAGCACGCGCGAGGUGGCGGCGCUGGUGUCGGCAUGGCCGCCACACCUUGUGGUCAACAUCCAGGUCAGCGCCUAUUCAGCUGGCACGGCAGGCGCACGCCCACACGCACCCGCCUCUGGAGGCUCCCCCGUCCAUGGCGCACGCGGUGCGGGCGGAGGGCGUGAGCAUUGUGCUGUACGCGCACAUCUGCACCGACUUCUUCCUCUCCGCGCCGCCCUCCAUGCUGCCGCUGCUGCAGGGCCUGGCACGCGGGUUCAUGGUGGCGGAGAGCGUGGGGGGGGGCGUGCCGUUCAGGGAGCGCGUGAAGCUCACUCUCAUCAAGCGCGCACAGGGGGGGGGCAGCGCAGGGGAGGGCGUGGGGGGGGAGAGAAGAUACAGGAGGGGGUUGCGGAGGAGGAGGGGGAGGAGGAAGGGGAGGGGAGGGAGAAGGAGGCAGCGGUGAAGGGCACAGACGAGGGCAAGGGUGAGGGCAGCAGUGGUGGGAGCAGCGGGGCGCAGGACGAGAGUGCGUCGCUGCUGAUCCACCCCUGCCAGAUGUUCUUCCGGGGCCCCGACUACCUGGAGAUGGACGUGGACUUGCACCGAGUGCCGGACGCCCACCGCCAGCCGCUGCUGUCGCUGCUGUCAGCGCUGCCAACGCACCACCUGGACAUCGCCAUCGUCUCGCAGGGCAACAAUGAGUACGAGGUGCCGGAGCCUGUGGUGGCAUGUGCGAGGCUAGGUCACAUUGAUGCGGACCUGCUCACCACCCUGCAACACAUGUCGUGACCCACGCCCAUUCACUUCGGCACUAACCUCUCGUAACCAUGUUCAGUAGAGCUAGUGAGCUUCUGCCUUGUAGACCAGGUUCUCUGCAUCACACUUCCCACAGUUGACAUAGUAUUGUAGGUAGCUUCCUGUAGCCAGGCUGACUUGCGUGUGGUAGUUCCAUAGUUGUGAACUUACUGUGCAUUGGGGUUAUAUAUGUGUUCGUAUUUAGUGUUAAUAUGUCUAGUUUAUCAUUGGCGUUUAUCAUUUACAUCGG